GUUGGGAACCGAGGUAACUCGUAUCUCCAGGUUUUCAGGAACGUUUCCAAGAGUUUAACCCUCUUCCUUCCUUCUCUCUUCGGGGAAGCUGACAGGCAUUGUUCGAUUGUUGGGAACUUUUUCCCCAAACCCCCAUUGGCAUCAACCUCGGUGGAAUUACGAAUCACCGAAGGAAAAACAUUCACCUGUUCCGCCGCGUUUGCUCGACUCCGGCCUCCGGCCUCCGGGUGUUGACGUUACCGGUAGCAUUGGUAUAGGUGUGGUUUUCCCGAGAAGGGAGAAAGGGAAGGGAAGGGAAAGGAGAUGGUUAUAUUGAAUAGAUCUCCUGCUCUGGCGGGCAGGGUGUUGAGACAUUCUACACCGUUAAUUUCACCUCUGCGCUACUUUCCUACUGCUGCCGCCAUUGCUACUCCUGCAUCACGGUUUGCUACUACUAAGUCUUUUGAGCCUAUUGGGAAAUCUGCUUAUCAAAAGUUCUCGGAUAAAAUCAAAGAAGCAACAUUUAUACGUCCCAGCAUCUGGUUGCUCUCAGGCGUUACUAUAACUAUCCUCACAACCUGCAGCUACAUAAUGGCUGCACAGGGGUAUAUCGCCCUCACAGAUGAGGAGACCCUCCAAGCAUACACACCCACGGACCCCCAAGAGAUAGAAGCAAACAACUACAUCUCCAACCACCCACUUGUCACCUCCUUACGAUCAAACCCCGCCUUCAGCGAAACCCGACCGACGCUGAAAAUCGCGGAUAAGUAUAAACACCUUUCCUUCACCGCAGGCACUCUCGCAGGCCCAGGAAAGAUUGUAGUCCCACCACUCACCUUCGUAGAAGACGGCGGAAAGAGCAUGGUGCAGGUGUUCUACCUAGGUGAACAACUGUGCGGACAUCCAGGGUACAUUCACGGCGGUAUGCUCGCAACCAUACUAGACGAAGGGCUCGCGAGAUGUUGCUUCGCAGCUUUGCCAAACAAGAUAGCAAUGACAGCCAGCUUGACAGUGAAUUAUCGCAAACCGAGCCCCGCGGGGAGCUAUGUCGUCCUGAAGGCGAAGACUGUGAAAGUUGAAGGGAGGAAGGCAUGGGUAGAGGGGAGGAUCGAGACCCUCGUCGGGGAAGGCGAAGAGGCGAGUGUGCUCGUAGAGGCUAGUGCGCUUAUGAUCGAGCCGAAACAGGCGGCGACACUCAAGAAAAUCAUUCGGGACGGAAAAUUAGAAGUUAGAGCUUGAGAUUCGCACAGCUAGCGAAUCAGUAGGGAGACAAUUGAGCGAUAGAAGGCGGAAGAUAUGAUAGCACCCUAUACGUACAGUACACAUUA